AUGUCGUUGGCAGUACCUGGACAAGACGACAAGAAAAUAAACGAGGUAUUGUCCAACAUUGCCAGUACUGGUAGUCGUACCGAGAUUGCUGCUCAUGAGGUUGACCUUGAUGCUCUCAACUCUCAUGAUGUUGCUAUUGACGAUGUUGCUUCUGGCCUUACAUCUGAACAAAAAUUCUACUGCUUGAAGCGUCUUCACCAUGAAGGUUUGGAGACUCUUGAAGAGUUGCCUGUUGAUGCAACUUUCAUGUUGGAAAAGAUCGGAACCAUGCUGAUCGAAGAAGCUUUGGAGAUCUUGAGAGAAUAUUUGAAGGAUCACGAUGAAGACGUUAAUAUUCCUACGGACGAGUACGACUUCAUCCAGAAGCUUUGCGACAUGGCACCAGAGCAGAUUGCUGGAACUCUGGCUGCCCACUUUGAUGAAAAAGAAUCCUCGCUGGAUCUCGGGGAAAAGAAGAAAAUCAAUGUUGUCACCAACGAAAAGGGUUCUACUUCUGACUUUGACGAUGCUCCUUCUGAUGUUGAGUCCAACAAUUUUGAAAUCCACGACUGGGACUUGCAAAUUCGUACUGAGGCUGUCAUGAUCGCUUACCACUCUCCAUACCCAGAAGUUAGAUCUGUGACCAACCCUUACGAUGACUACAACCUUCCAGUGGAGACUCUUAGAGUUUACAUCUUGGGUAUAGUUUGGACCGCUGUUGGUGCCUUCGUUAACCAAUUCUUCCACGAAAGACAGCCUUCUAUCACUAUUACUGCUGCUGUCGUGCAGCUUUUGCUUUACCCAUCUGGUAUGUUGUUGGCUGCUAUUCUUCCAGCAAAGAAAUUCAAGGUUUGGAAGUGGACCAUUGAUUUGAACCCUGGUCCAUGGAACUAUAAGGAACAGAUGUUGGCUACGAUUUUCUACUCUGUCUCCGCUGGUACACCAUACGUCUCUUCCAACAUUCACGUCCAAAGACUUUCUCACUACUACAACAACCAAUGGGCCGACUGGGGUUACCAGAUCUUGCUUAUUCUUUCCACUCAAUUUAUGGGUUUUGGUUUUGCCGGUAUCAUCAGAAAGUUUGCUGUCUAUCCUGUCAGAGCCAUGUGGCCUACCAUUUUGCCAACACUCGCCUUGAACAAGGCUUUGUUGAUGCAAGAAAAGAAAGAAAACAUUCAUGGUUGGACGAUUUCAAGGUACAGCUUUUUUUUCAUUGCAUUCACCUGCUCGUUCCUUUAUUUCUGGUUCCCAACUUACUUGUUUGAAGCUUUGUCUUACUUCAACUGGCUUACAUGGAUUGACCCUCAAAACUUUACCUUGACUUUAGUGACUGGUUACCUUACCGGUCUCGGAAUGAACCCACUUCCAACUUUCGAUUGGAAUGUCAUUAACUGGAACAUGGCCUUGACCAUUCCUUUCUAUUCCCAGUUGAACCAGUACAUUGGAUCUCUUCUCGGAUUUUGCAUCAUCAUCGGCCUUUACUACACCAACUACUCCUGGACUUCCUAUCUUCCAAUCAAUACUUCUACCUUGUACAACAACAAGGGCUUCAGAUAUGAAGUGAGCGAUGUUGUCAAUGAAAGAUCCUUGUUCGACGAACAAAAGUAUCAGGAAGUUGGUCCACCAUUCUAUACUGCUGCUAACUUGCUUGUUUACGGUGCUUUCAUUGCCUUGUAUCCUUUUGCAUUCAUUUACGAGGUUACCUUGAACAGAAAGGCUAUGUGGCACUCAUUGAAGCAUUUAGGUGGCUCAUUCAAGAACUUCAGAAAGUCUACCUUCGAAGGUUUCCACGACCCACACACAACUAUGAUGAGAAAGUACGAUGAAGUCGCUGACUGGGUUUUCAUUCUUGUUUUGGUAAUUGCUGUUGUCUUCGCCAUCAUUUGUGUUCAAGUGUAUCCAGCUGAAACCCCAGUUUGGGGUAUUUUCUUCGCCCUUGGUAUUAACUUCGUCUUCUUGAUUCCACUUACUGCUAUCUACUCCACUACUGGUUUCCAGUUCGGUCUUAACGUCUUGGUGCAAAUUAUCGUCGGUUACGCCAUUCCAGGUAACGGUCUUGCCUUGAUGUUCAUCAAGGCCUUGGGUUACAACAUUAACGGUCAGGCUCAAAACUAUAUCACUGAUCAAAAGUUGGCUCAUUACGUCAAGAUUCCUCCAAGAUCGCUUUUCCGUUGUCAGAUGCUCUCAGUGUUUAUCUCCUCCUUUGUUUCAUUGGCUGUGAUGAACUUCAUGAUUGAUAAUGUCGAGGAUUACUGUACCCCCAACAGUAAGCAGAAAUUUUACUGCCCUAAUUCCAACAUUUUCUUCUCUGCCUCGGUCUUGUGGGGUGUCAUUGGACCAAAGAGAGUCUUUGGUGGUCUUUACCCAAUCUUGCAAUGGUGCUUCUUGAUUGGUGCUCUUCUUGCAAUUCCUUGCAUUGCUUUCAAGAAGUAUGCUCCAAAGAAGUACUCCAAAUACUUCCAGCCAACUUUGAUUAUUGGUGGUAUGCUCACUUAUGCUCCAUACAACUUGUCUUACUACACUUGUGGCCUUUACGCUUCCUUCGCUUUCAUGUUCUUCCUUAGAAAGCGUUACCAGGCUUGGUGGGAGAAGUAUAACUACGUUUUGUCCGGAGCUUUGGACGCUGGUGUCGCUUUUAGCAGUGUCAUCAUUUUCUUUGCUGUCCAGUAUAAUGAAAAGCCACUUGUAUGGUGGGGUAACACGGUUUCAUACCAGGGAAUUGAAGGCCGUGAUGGACAGAUGAGCUUGUUAAACGCUACAGAGCAUGCUCCAGAUGGCUACUUCGGUCCUCGUAUCGGUGAAUUCCCAUAA